GCGGGGUGCGGGCCGCGGGCUGGAGACUCCGCGGGAGCGCGGCCGGGCGGCCUCGGCCCGGAGCGGGUCCCGCGCCUCCUGAGCCGACCUGGCUCUUGGCGGAGGACCGAGAGUGGGCUUCUUCCUCCGGCCAGGGAAAGCAGAGAGUAUGAAAGCCUAUCUAAAGAGCGCAGAAGGCUUUUUUGUCCUGAAUAAAAGUACUACUAUUGGCACACAUGAGGACUCAGACCUUGUGUUAGAGUCUCCUGACAUUGACAACCAUCACGCGCUCAUUGAAUAUAAUGAAGCCGAGGGCAGCUUUGUGCUCCAAGACUUCAACUCCCGCAACGGCACCUUUGUCAACGAGUGCCACAUUCAGAACGUGGCCGUGAAGCUGUUACCCGGAGACAUCCUGAGGUUCGGGUCCGGAGGGCUCACCUACGAACUGGUCAUCGAAAACCCACCCUCGGUCCCCUUCCCUUGGAUGAGGGGCCCAGCGCCUUGGCCAAGGCCCCAGCCACCUCGGGCCACACAGCAGCCGAACCAGUCACCCUCGCCACCACAGAUGCCUUUCUACCCGGGCAUCCGGCCAGCACCAGUGCAGAGGAGCUGGUCCCAGGGCUUCCCCAGGCCCACCGUGGUCCCAUCUGCCUCUCACAAGCGGCCCGUGAGUGCUGGCGGGAAGAUGUUCUCCUUCAGGGUGGAUGGCACCCACAGGUCCCCGAUCCUCAAGCAAGUGUGGACCAACGCCGUGGAACUGUCAGAACCAUCCGUGGCUGAGGGAAUUUCCGGGGCAGGACCCUCCCGGGAGAUUUACAUGGACCAGGACCUGGCCCAGGAGGAUAAGGACGAAAUCAUUCUGCUGCUGGGAAAAGAGGUCAGCCGUCUCUCGGAUUGCGAGCUUCAAUCCAAGUACAAAGACUCUGUGAUUGCAAGCCUGCAGCACGAAGUGGCCAACCUGAGUCAGAAGCUGUCGGAGACGAGCACGUCCAGGCAGAGCGAGAGGAUGAUGUCGCAGAAGUUCCAGGUUCUGGAUGAAGACAUCGACUCCCAGCAGAGAGAGAUCCAGAGCUUGAAAAGCCAGAUCAGUGCUCUGCAGAAAGGCUACAGCCAGGUGCUGUGCCAGAGCCUGUCCGAGAGGAACUCAGAAAUCACGACCCUGAAGAGCGAGGGUGAGAACUUAAGGAGAGACAACGCCAUCUCGUCAGGGAUGGUGUCAUCUUUGCAAAAGGACGUGUUAGCAAAGGAUGAGCAAGUUCAACAACUAAAACAGGAGGUGAAUCAACUAAAGAGUGAGAACAAAGAAAAGAAUUACCAGCUUGAAGCCCUCAGCUCCAGAUGCUCAGUGCUGAAAGAAGAGUUAAAAAAGGAAGAUGCCCAGAAGGAGCACCGGGAUGCCCAAGAGAAAGAGUUAAAACUCUGCAAAACUCAAAUCCAAGAGAUGGAGCAAGAAAUGAAGAAGCUCAGGGAGGAGCUGAAGAAGAGCUUUACUGAGCAGAGCAUGAUCUCUAAGACACUUCGAGAAAAGAGCAAGGUUGAAGAGAAGCUUCAGGAGGAUUCCAGAAGGAAAUUGCUUCAGCUGCAAGAAAUGGGGAACAGAGAGAACCUCAUUAAAGUCAAUUUGGAAAGGGCAGUAGGUCAGCUGGAGCAUUUCAGAAGUCAAGUCAUCAAGGCCACCUAUGGACGAGCGAAGCCGUUCCAGGACAAACCCCUCACCGAUCAACAGGUAAUAGAGAAGAUUACCCAGGUCACUGAGGACAACAUCAACUUUCAGCAGAAAAGGUGGAGCCUGCAGAAGGAGACUCAGCUCAGCAACUGCAAGCAGGAGGAGAUCACCGAGAACCUGGGGAAGCUGAAGAAGUCCUUAGAUGGCUGCCAGGCUUGCAUGAAAAUGUCCUGCAGCAGCAAGGACCUGAAGAAGGAGGUCACCCUUCUUGAGCACCUUCAGGUGAGCCCGCCUGUUUCAGGGCUCCAGAAGGUGGCGCUGGACAUCCUGCGCCUGUCGCUGUCCUGGCUGGAGGAAACGGAGAGUCUCCUCGGGGACGUGGGGAUCCAGUUUUCCAGCUCCGACAAAGGAUUGUCUUUGUAUCUGAAAUAUCUUCUGGAACAUUAUAAAAAAAUUACCAGCCAGACCCAGGAACUCCAGAUCAAGAUCAGCAGUUCUCAGGAAGCUCAGCAGUCUUUGCUGCAAGAAAAGCUGCGGGAGCAUCUGGCAGAGAAGGAGAAGCUGAAGGAGGAAAGGCUACAGCAAGAGGAGAAGCUGAAAGCCAGAGUCAAGCAGCUGAUGGAGGAGAAGGCGGCUUUGGAGGAAAGCAUUACUCAACAGAAAAGGAGAGCAAGGGAAGCUUUGGAAGAACAACAGACCAGAGUCCAAGAGCUGGAGAACCGCUUAACCCGGCAGAAGGAGGUUUUGGAGAGCAACAUGGCCCACGAGAAAAGAAAAGCGAAGGAAGCCUUAGAGACAGAGAAGAGAAAAGUUCAAGAUCUGGAGAACCAUUUAACCCAACAGAAGGAGAUCUCAGAGAACAGCAUCGCCUAUGAGAGACACAAAGCUAAGGAGGCCAUAGAGAAGGAAAAGAAAAAGGUACAAGAUCUGGAGAACCGCAUAACCAAGCAGAAAGAGGAAAUAGAUUUAAAAGAGCAGAAAGAAGAUGUUUUAACUAAUAAAUUAAACAAUGCACUGGCCGUGGUAGAAGAGACUCGGAAAACAAAGAUGGCGGAAAGUCUGAAAGCAGAGAGCCUGGCCGUUAAGCUGAACGAGGCCUUAGCUGAACUGGAAAUGGCUAAGACAAAAGUGAUCGUGAUGGGGGAGCAGCUGCAGCUGCAACAGCAGACAGUAAAGGCGCUCCAGGAAGAACAGGAAUCACAGAAACACGGAUUUGAAGACGAAAUCGUGGAAUACAAGGAGCAGAUCAAACAGCACUCUGAGACGAUCGUGAGCCUGGAGGAAAGACUCCAAAAAGUGACUGAACACCACAAUAAAAUAGAAGGAGAGAUUGCAAAUUUGAAGGACAACGACCCAGCCCAAGAGAAGAAAACACAGCAAGACUCUCCAGCAGGGCCACCGUUGGAGAGCGGUGCCAAAGACACAGUGUGUGACCACUUGAUAGGGGACUUAUUGACUGCUCAGAAGGAAAUCCUGUCUCAGCAGGAGGUCAUCGUGAAGUUACGGGAAAACCUUACGGAAGCCCACAGCCGAAUGACAGAUCUGAGAGGGGAGCUUAAUGAGAAGCAGAAGAUGGAGCUGGAGCGGAACGUGGCGCUGGUCCAGCGACAAAGCAGAGAGCUGAGUGUGCUCAAAGAAAAGAUGGCGCAGAUGACCAGCCUGGUGGAAAAGAAGGACAGGGAGCUGGAAGUCCUCAAGGAGGCGCUCAGGGUCUCCCAAGAGAAACACAAACUCCAGCAGCACAGGGAGAAGGAACAGAAGCCCAGGAAUGUGAACCAGACGUGUGACAUCUCGGUGCAGAUAGAACCAAUCCACACUGACAUUCUCUUGAGCAGCCAAGAGGAGCUGUCCUUCAGUGACCUGGGGGCCAAGUGCAAGGGGUCCCGACACGAGGAAGUCAUUCAGCGUCAGAAAAAGGCCUUAUCUGAACUCCGUGCUCGAAUUAAAGAACUCGAGAAGGCCUGCUCAUCCAAUCAUAAAGACCUCCUGAAUGAACCAUUUCUAGACUUACAUGCUCUCAGGAUGGAAAAAAAUGUCCAGAAAAUAUUGGAUGCAAAAUCUGAUUUGCCAACUCUCUCAAAAAUAGAGAUCCGAGCGCCUCAAAAUGGCCCUUCCAACUCAGGGUCCAUCCUGACCACCGAGAAGGCAGAGAAAAUGGAGGUGGCUGAGGCUUUAGAUCUCAGUGAAAAGCUGUACAUGGAUAUGAGCAAGACGCUCGGGAGUCUGAUGAACAUCAAAGAUAUGUCAGGUCACGUGUCCAUGAAGCACCUCUCCCCAAAAGAGAGGGAGAAAGUCAACCAGCUUCGACAAAGGGACCUCGAUCUCGUGUUUGAUAAGAUCACGCAACUCAAGAACCGGCUGGAGAGAAAAGAGGAGCUUCUGCGAGGAUACGAAAAAGACAUCGAACAGCUCAGGCAGAGCAAAGUGUCCGUUCAGAUGUACCAGUCACAGGUGGCAAAGCUGGAGGACAACAUCCACAAAGAAGUGGAGGAAAAGGCGCUGCUGAAGGAGGCCCUGGAGCGCAUGGAGCACCAGCUGCACGAGGAGAAGAGACUCAACAAGGCCAUCAGGCAGCAGAAGGAACGUUUAGAGGAUCACGAACAGAGAAAUGCAAAAGAAUCAACACCUUGCAACUGUUCCUUCAAAGAGAAAGAGAGGCAGAGGCGAGUGUUUGUAGAGACGGUGAAGAACAAGAUGCAGAACUCAAAUUUCCAGGUUGCAGUCAGAAAAGCCACCCCAAAGAUGGACCAAGAAAGAGAGAUGUUGAAGAGAGAAGCAUCCGCCAGAGGCAGCCAGAACCUUCUGUUUUCCAAGCCUGGCGGAAAGAACUAGAAACGUCAUCCCACUGGGCCUUACGUGAUCCUCCAUGUGUCAGUGUGACUCUUCUGUGUCAAAAUACUAAGAGCCUUUCGUAGGACUUUAAAGCUUGUUACCCUACCGUGUUGCUUCCUAGACUGGUAUUUUGCACAAUGCUGUAUUUUGGAGUGUGGGGAGCGGGGUUCUUUUAAAAAUACGCACGAAUGUAUAUAUACUCAGGCAUAUGAAGAAUAUAAGUUUGAAACCCAGACAGCUAGGCCUGGUGGAUACAAUUAUGUGGCUCCACGUUUGAGUCGUGAUGUACCCAAACGUCACCCCUCCAAGGAGCUCCAAGAAACCCACAGCUAAGAAACCUGGGACGCAUAUGCGGCCACGGGGCAGAAUGGUAACCUCAGGGCUCUUGGGGCCAUCGGAUAGUCCAUUUAUGUCUGAGGUUAUUAUAAUAAAUUUAGGACAAUCUGUUUUAUCACUUCCAUAAUAAUGACUAACAUUUAUAUGGCACUCUGCAGUUUUCAAAACAUGUCUCAUCUAACACUCCCCCAGGCCCUGGGAGGUAAAUAGUAUUAUGUUCCCCAUUUUGCAGAUGAGGAUACUGAGGCCCAGAGAGGUUAAACGGCCUGUCUAAAAUCACACAGCUAAUGAUUUCAAGAGUUGUGUCUGAUACCCAAGUUUCUAACCCCGUCUCAUACUGCCCAUUCUGCUACACAGUAGCUCAGGUCCCGGGCCCUGAGGAGAGACGAAGUACCCAGUAACCAAAGAGCACACGCUGCCCGGGGGGACACACCUCGUGUUCAUGGUCUUUGGAGAGACCCCUAUUUUCCUUGCUGUGCCCUCUGUUUCUCUCAUGUUUCGUUGUCUCUCCAUCCACCUGUCCUCUCUCUGCCCUUCUUGCAUGGCCAGGACCACCAAAUGAAACGGGAGGAAGAGCCAGAAGUCAUGAAUAGCAUUUAUUUUUUU